AUGACCAAAUUGAUUUCAAUCGUCGGAGCUACCGCCUUCAGGGCGGCAGCGUUCUUAAGGCACUCUAUGCCACCGGCAAAUAUUGAGCUGGUAAAGGCUGACGCCGACGAUACCGCUCCAUUGCGCCAAGCAUUCCGGGGCGCAGACAUUGUUUUUGGUAUGACGCAGGCCAAUAUGAUGGCCAAGGAGCAAGACCCCACUCGCAACGAAGAGUACGAGCACGGUAAGGCCAUCAUCGAUUCUGUUAUUUCCGAGGGCGUUAAUUCUCUGGUUUUCAGCACUCUCGACUCUAUGAAUACAGACUCUGGCGGCAAGUACCCAGGCGUUAAGCAUUUUGAGAGCAAGUACAAGGCUGGACCACCCGAGGAGAACCUUAGCAAGGUCAGGGAGGUCAGCGGCGGCUACUACGAGGCUCAGGAAAUUGUCAGUGCUUUAACUGAGGCUACUGGAAUUCCGGCCCGCUACGUUCAGCUGCCAUACGAGUAUCUCGGUGUGGAGGAGGCAGUUCAGAUGUUCAAGGGUAUUGACGCCUUUGGGUCCUUCAAUGGCAGAGCUGAGUUAUUGAGCGCAACAAGCUUAUUGACUACAAGUUCACCACCCCUGUCGAAUUCUGGAAGAACCGCGGAUGGACCGGUCCCGCCAAGUAGACAAAAGUUGAACUAG